AUCCAAACUCAUUCAUAUCUUGCAAGUCACUUCUAUCGUCUGUCUCACUAAGAUGUCCUCCUCUCGUCCACCCAACCCUACCCAAAUCCCAAACAAUCUGCCUGGCCUCACCACUCACAUCACGGGCCAUGAUGGCACCACUGGCAAAGCCAUUGUGAAGGACAGCAGACCUGGCAAUUGGACCGUCUUUGACGACAAGCUUAUGGCCUUCAAUGUGAUCUACACCUCGGAAUUCCCAGCAGACCUCAACGACGACCGUGAUCUCAAGACCCACGACGAAGUCCUUUCCAGCGGAAAGCUCGGUCUCGUCAGAUCCAACGGCACGGUUUGCCGCGUGGUCGACUUUGCCCCGGGAUACGAGUGUAUCAUGCACAGAACCCAAAGUCUAGACUACGGCAUUGUCCUUGAGGGGACGAUCGAGAUGGUGCUGGACAGCGGCGAGAGGAAGUUGAUGCAGAGGGGCGACGUGGCGGUGCAGCGAGCCACCAUGCACGCGUGGAAGAACACAAGCGAGACGGAAUGGGGGAGGAUGAUCUUCGUGUUGCAGGACUGUAAGAGCUUGGAGAUUGGAGGCAAGGCAAUGAAGGAGGACUUGGGCAAGGGAGUCGAAGGGUUGCCGCCGAGUGGGAACGACUCCUAGGUAGACCAACUACCUAGCUACCUAUCUGACUGAUGGGCUAGGAUCGAGAGGAGGGCAAGACACCAGCACCCAAGACAAGUCACUCUGUCGACAACGAG